AUGACAUCAUGUAUCACUUUGUGAAAACCUGCCGUGGUGAGCCAAAGGGCCCAUACGGCCACAGCAAACAGGGAAAACACCAACUGCUCCAAAAGAAUGUGUUUUUCUCCCGUUCUGGAAAUCAACAUGCAGUCUGAAUCUAACAUUACAGUGCGAGAUGACACUGAUGACGUCAACACCAAUAUGUACCAACCACUUUCCUAUCCAUUAAGCUUUCAAGUGUCUCUCACCGGAUUUCUUAUGUUAGAAAUUGUGUUGGGACUUGGCAGCAACCUCACCGUGUUGGUCCUUUACUGCAUGAAAUCCAACUUAAUCAACUCGGUCAGUAACAUUAUUACAAUGAAUCUUCAUGUACUUGAUGUCAUCAUUUGUGUGGGAUGUAUCCCUCUAACUAUAGUCAUCCUUCUGCUUUCACUGGAGAGUAACACUGCUCUCAUCUGCUGUUUCCAUGAGGCCUGCGUAUCUUUUGCAAGUGUCUCAACAGCAAUCAACGUUUUUGCUAUCACUCUGGACAGGUAUGACAUCUCUGUAAAACCUGCAAACCGGAUUCUGACAAUGGGCAGAGCUGCAAUGCUGAUGAUAUCCAUUUGGAUUUUUUCAUUUUUCUCUUUCCUGAUUCCCUUUAUUGAGGUAAAUUUUUUCAGUCUUCAAAGUGGAAAUACGUGGGAAAACAAGACACUUUUGUGUGUCAGUACAAAUGAAUACUACACUGAACUGGGAAUGUAUUAUCACCUGCUAGUACAGAUCCCAAUAUUCUUUUUCACUGUCAUAGUGAUGUUAAUCACAUACACCAAAAUCCUUCAGGCUCUUAACAUUCGAAUAGGCACAAGAUUUUCAACGGGGCAGAAGAAGAAAACAAGAAAGAAAAAGACAAUUUCUCUAACCACGCAACACGAGACUACAGACAUGUCACAAAGCAGUGGUGGGAGAAACAUAGUCUUUGGUGUAAGAACUUCGGUCUCUGUAAUAAUUGCCCUCCGGCGAGCUGUGAAACGACACCGCGAACGACGAGAAAGGCAAAAAAGAGUCUUCAGGAUGUCUUUAUUGAUUAUUUCUACAUUUCUUCUCUGCUGGACACCAAUUUCUGUCUUAAAUACCACCAUUUUAUGUUUAGGCCCAAGUGACCUUUUAGUAAAAUUAAGGUUAUGUUUUCUAGUCAUGGCUUAUGGAACAACUAUAUUUCACCCAUUAUUAUAUGCAUUCACUAGGCAAAAAUUUCAAAAGGUCUUGAAAAGUAAAAUGAAAAAGAGAGUUGUUUCCAUAGUGGAAGCUGAUCCUAUGCCUAACAAUGCUGUAAUACACAAUUCUUGGAUAGAUCCUAAGAGAAACAAAAAACUUACCUUUGAAGAUAGUGAAAUAAGAGAAAAAUGUUUAGUACCUCAGGUUGUCACAGACUAG